AAGAAGGAAGGAGCAGUGGCCACAGCUGAUCAUCGCUAACAUAACACACCCACCUCUUAGCAUCAGCCAUGACUUCCAGAGAUCUUUACACUUCUUCUUACAGGAAAUUAUUUGGAGAGUCCCCCAGAUCCACCAGUCACCUUUAUAGUAGUAGCAGCAGCAGCAGGACCCAUGCAUACAGACCACCCAGGGAUACAUACACCAACAUCUCUUCUUACAAGAAGGUUAGUAGAUCUCCACCAAGCCAUAUCACUUCUGUCCAGAACAGUUUUGACCUCUCCCAAUCUACAGCCCUUAGCAAUGAGCUGAAGAUAGUGAGGACCAAUGAAAAGGAGCAGUUGCAAGGUCUUAAUGACCGCUUCGUCACCUACAUUGAGAAGGUUCAUCAUCUGGAACAGCAAAAUAAGUUGCUGGAAACAGAGGUGACCUUGCUUCGGCAGAAGCAGUCAGAACCAUCACGUCUCAGCCAAGUCUAUGAGCAGGAGAUCAGGGAGCUGAGGUCCAGAUUGGAGGAACAGCUGCAUGAGAAAGACCAGGCGCAGCUGGACUGUGAACAUCUGGAUGGUUGUGUCCAGCAACUGCAGGAGAAGCUGGAGCAGGAAGCUGGCAAGAGGGAAGAAGCAGAGGAGAUUAUGAAGAACUACAGGAAGGAUGUAGACCAAGCAACUCUAAAUCGUUUGCAGCUAGAGAAGAAAGUAGAAUCCCUUUUGGAUGAGGUGGCUUUCCUGAGAAAAGUCCAUGAGGAAGAGGUGGCUGAGCUGCAGGCUGCGGUGGCUGAGGCGCAGAUUUCAGUAGAAAUGGAUGUGGUCAGUAAGCCAGAUCUCACUGCUGCUCUGAAGGAGAUCCGCAUGCAGUAUGAAGUGCUUUCCAGCAGAAACCAACAGUCGGCAGAGGAGUGGUACCAGACCAAGGUUGCCAAUGUUUCCCAAGAGGUGGCCAGGAACAACGACAAUAUGCGCCAGGCUAAGGAGGAGAUGACAGAGUAUCGAAGGCAGCUCCAGGCACGUACCCUGGAGGUUGAUGCCCUGCGAAGUGCUAAUGAGUCUCUGGAAAGACAACUACAGGAGACUGAAGAUAGGAACAACGAAGAGAUAUCUCAGUUGCAGGAAACAAUCAACCAGCUUGAUAAUGCAUUGAAGACCACAAAGGGUGAGAUGGCUCGUCAUCUGAGAGAGUACCAGGAUCUGCUUAAUGUCAAAAUGGCUUUGGAUAUUGAAAUUGCAGCAUACAGGAAACUCUUGGAAGGAGAGGAGACACGUCUGACUAGUGUGGGGGGAAGCAACAUGUUUAACAUUGGUUACCCAUACUCCUCUGGCUCUUAUUCCGGGGGUAGAAGUUUUACCUCAGGCUCCAUCACCACUAGGAAGGAGGAAAAAAGAGAAGUGUCAGAUGGUGGAAAAGGUGGUGGUUCUGACCAGCCCAAAGCAUCAAAAUCAGGGGAAUCCCAGCCAGAAAAAACACCCACAAAAAAUUAAACACAUAGAACAUCAUUCCUUCCUUUAGUACAGUGUUUCUCAACUCCAAUCCUCAGGAACCGUAACAGGCAGAAUAUUAAUUAUAUCUUAACUAGAGCUCAGGUGAAAUAAUCAGCUGAUUAGUAACCAUGGUUACCAACCUGCUCUUACCCAUCAGAUGAUUAUUUCACCUGUGCUCUAGUUAAAUUAUAAUGAACAUGUGGCCUAAGUAAGGGUCCUGAGGACUGGGGUUGAGAAACACUACUUUAGUAGAUAUCUAAGAUUAAAACAUUUUUUGUCAUCUCCUUUUCUACUUUAGUGAGCCAUAAUGUGAGGAGGUUUUAAGUCAGAAGACAAGCUUCCAUUUCUGCAAUUAAUAUGAAGUAUCCCUAUUCCUAAUAAAACACCUAUAGAUUAAAUUCAUUUAAUCAUCACAAAAAUAUGAUCAUCUUGUCACUUUAUUAUUUCUCUUCUCAACCUGAAGUAUUAACAACCAAAUAAAUGCUCGACCAGAUGAAUGCUUUGUGGGGCAUUUCUUUGAUAAGGUUACCAUGGCUGAAAAGGAGCACAUACUAGUUAGAAAGUUCACUUCACUUCAAGAACAACAACCAAAUGUCAGUAUUGUGGCAAUAUUGAAGUUUCAAUGUAGGAGUAGUCAGAAUGUAGUUGCAGCAAUAUAAUUUGUGCGUGAAUGUUGUAGGGGACAUUUGUGCUGCUACAAACUCUUGUUAAACCCUUGGGGAAGCAACAGAGAGAUGCAAUUAAUUUAAUUUCUGUUAUCCAAGGAAUUGAUAAUGGUCCCAAAACGUUAGUCCCUAACCUUAGCCCUAAUCCCCAUGGUUUAUCCUAGCCCUGACACCAAACCUUAAUCCUAAAUCCUAUCACUAUCCUCUAACACUAUUCCAGCUCUAACCCUAUUCCCUAGCACUAGUCCUAAAUCCAGUCCUUAAACCUAGCAAUAACCCCAAUCCCUAGAAUAACUCCAGUGUCUAAUUCCAAUCCCUAACCUUAACCUAAUAAUAUGUUUGUUGGCCACACCAUUCUUGCACCAGGGUGUCACAGUCAGUAAGUCCUCAGCGUACAGAAGAUCUGCAGCCAUGAGAUAUUGUGGCUAAAUAAAAAUAAAAAAAUCAGUUCCAAAGCAGCCCUGCAAUAUGCAUUUUACAUAACUAUCUUAAUAAUGGGUAGCUAUGUCAACCUUUUUAUUAUAACAUCCAUUCAGAAGCUGAAUUUUAACCACCUUAUUCAAUUUAAGGAAAUUAAAAUAUAAUUUGAUACAUCACAGAGAUUUAUAUAUUUUUUUUACAUCUUUUAUAAAACAUUCAUGUCUCAUACACAAUUAUUGAUGAUGAUGAUGAUAAUGUACUCAAAUGAUGGAAAAAUAAUGAAUUUAAGUUAACACCAGACAAAAAUGUCUGCAUCUUGACUAUUAUAAUCAAUUUUACAAGAAAGGAGUUUAAUGUGUCCAGUGCCAGAUUUUUACAAAGAUUUAUAUGGAAGCUAUAAAAUUAAAAUGAUUGUUUUUUUCCUACAACAUCAUUGAAUAAAGAAAAUGUUUACUAGAUAUCUUGUAACAAAGGUCUUAGUUGUGAGGGAUACCUGUAUUAUCAUAUGUCAGUGAUGGCCAGCUUCCUUAUACAUGGGGGCUACAGGAUCUUAGGAACCUUUUGGGCUGGAUACAAAUUAAUGGAUAUUAAAAAUAAAAAUAAUAAUAAAUUUACUAACAAUGACCACAUUUUUAGUUCUGCUUUUUACUAGAGUCACAAAAACUAGGGGGUCUGGGGACUGCUAGUUGGCCCUUCCUGAUAUAUGUAAUGGUUAUUGGUUUGCAGGAAGAAGGGAGGAUUACAGUGUUAUGGUUGUGGAAUGGCUGGGUGCACAGGAAAACCCAAUAAAAAGAAACUAUUGGCAACUA